AUGUUCACUUUGUUUCUGCAUUACCUUGCUCAUUCACAUUGUUUCUUCAAAGGUUGUUUCCUACAUCUUUGGAAGCUCAAUGUUUUGAACCUUACUUGUCCAUUUGGUCAAGUGUCUCGGUUUCUUUGUUUCUUUCUUUCUUUUGUAGACAGCAGCUCAUCACAUAUAUAUCCAGGGGAGAAUGUACUUGUGGUCGCUUUACAAGUUUUCAAGCUUAGUUGCAUGAGUGGUAGAGCACACAUUCCUCGAGAGGAGUAUUCAAUUUACUCAAAUCUGGAUAAAGGAACUGUGAUGGGAGGAGAUUGCUUCUUCUUUGGACGAAUAUGCACAAACUCAUAUAUUCUACAAAGAAUUACGGAUUCAAAUGUACGUAAGCAAUGUAAAUUCAAGUAA